UCAAGUGAGGGCAAUAGGGACCGGCAUUUCGCUCACCAGCAACUGAGCUACCAGCUACCAGCGCUCCACCGUUCGUCCUGCCUCGGAAAGUCACGUAUGUGGAAAUUUUCAGUAGCAAAGCUGGCUCUCUGAAGAAGUUGACACCAGAACCACUGUUCAGAUCUGCAGGACUGAAGACUGGAAGUUAUCAGUGUCUUGCUGCCUGCUUUGUCUCUGCUCUGGGGGUCCGGGAGCCAGAACCUGCCUGCAGACCUGCCUUCUGAAUUUGAGUUGGGCGCUGUGGAAACGUGCUGGGAGUGGUCAGCAUAUUUUGAAUGGGCGUGGAGCAGGACAGGGCCCACAGGACAACUCUUCAGUGAUAACGAGCGCCACUCCCACCCUUUGCCAUGCUGAGCCUGAUUAAACUACCUCGUGUUUUCACCAUCAACCAGGUCCCCAAAGUGUUCCAUGAGGAUGGCAUCAUCUCUGGGUACCGACAUCCCUGCAGCUCCGCCACUGACUGCGUCCUCAGCCUGUUCCAGCUGACCAAUGAGACGCUCAACAUCUGGACUCACUUCCUGCCAACCUGGUACUUCCUGUAUAAGCUGCUGACGGUGGUGCUGAUGCAGGACGCCUGGCGCGAUGUCUUCACGUGGCCGCUGCUGGUGUUCCUGGUGUCUGCCUGCAUGUACCCGCUGGCCUCCAGCUGUGCCCACACCUUCAGCACCAUGUCUGCCCGCGCCAGGCACGUCUGCUUCUUCUUUGACUACGGAGCCCUCAGCUUCUACAGCCUCGGUUCAGCCAUAACCUACUCUGCGUAUGUUUUCCCUGACAAAUGGGUAAACAGCACCUUCCACCUGUACUACAUCCCCAUUGCUGUCUUCAAUACCAUCAUCUGCACUGCUCUGGCCUGCUACUCACGGCUUGGCUUACCGUUUCUGCAAUAUAACCAUGACACCAUAAAAAGAUUUCCAGAGUGCCGAACUCCAAAGUAUGGAAGAACCCUACGCGUCCUGGCCUUUGCUUACCCAUACCUGUUUGACAACAUUCCUGUGUUCUACAGGAUCUUUGUGUGCGCUGGUGAGGGCUGCACUGACAACGGGACCAACACCCUGCACUACUGGCACACAUCGCUGGCCUUCCUCACCGGCUUCCUGUUCGCCACACACCUGCCCGAGCGCCUUGCCCCCGGCUGCUUCGACUACUUCGGUCACAGCCACCAGCUGUUUCAUGUGUGCGGCAUCAUCGGCACGCUCUUCCAGAUGCAGGCCAUCGAGAUGGACAUGACACUGCGCCGGCAGUGGCUCCUGGUGCACGCGCCACCCAUCACCUUCGCCAACACCAUAGGGGCAGGGCUGCUCUGCGUGCUCUUCAGCCUCUGUGUCAUCUACACCUUCAGCUUGCCGCUCUACUACGCCCUCGCCAAGAGGGGCAAACGCAACAGAAGGCCCAAGACCCCCGCCCGCGCCGCCAACUAAGAACUGACCACCAGGGGGCGCCACCUAUUCCCAAACUGAGACUUUGGGUGCUUACAGUGAGGAGCGGAAGGCUGGCAGGCCAGCCCAGACAUAGGUACUUACACACGGUCAUUCAAGAUAAGGUCACUAUCGUGACUUUUUUUCUUUCUGUCAACAAGAACAACAGAAGUCAACACCCUUGGUGAGAGACACACUGCUUGUGAAUGGGGUGUGGAGAUAACAGAGGUGUGUUCUGCAAGGGCCACAGAUUGACUGUGAGACCAGCCUGUUGGCUGACAGGCUGCCCACAGACCAGCAGUAGCCGCUCAUACACUUAGGUCACCACUGCAAGGGGGCCAUUGGUAUCACAGCAACACUUUCAGGGAUCACAUCACCAAACAAGUUUUUUUAUUUCAUGACCAGGUACUUUUAAUAGUUUUACAUGAAGAAAAAGCUCAGGUCAAAUGAAACAUCCGUUUGUUUUUGUAUACCUCUGAUCCUUUCCCUCCUUUUAAUACAUUUUCUGUUAAAUAGGAAAUUUAAUGUGUGCACAUUGUCACCAUAAUCCCGUUAGUUUUUGUCAAUGGGUAGAAUGGGGCUUGAAACCAAACACAGCCAAACUGUAGCUAGUUUUGUUAUUGGGGUGGUCAGUGGUUAGUAUAAAGAGUAAGAGGUGUUGCUGCCAUGUCGUUGAUGGCCUGUAGCGUUUGGCUCCCCCUAUUGGAUAUUGGGAGAACAGAAAAAUAUCUUAGUCACUGUUGUGCUACCUGUUUUCCAAACAGUUCUAUGUUUUCUAUUGAAAAUUAUACAUCACAACAUGCAAGUGCGAUUUUAUUUCAUAAUAACUGUACCUCAAAGAACAAAAGGGAAAUAAGAAAGAGUGACCUACAUUGUGAAACAAAAUAGGCCUUUGCUUCUAUUCCUAUUAUGAUUAAAUCACUAAGUUAAGCAUUCACUAAUAUUUUACCUAAUGUGUAUGCCAUACAUAGCUAAAAAGCAUCUAUGGAUAUCCCAAAACAAAAUAAUUCCCUGGGAAAGUGUUUAGUUGGACAAAUUGUAAAUGAACAGGUUAUAAAUGGGUCUUAUAAUAAGAGCGCUAGGCAUGGUGUAUGCUUGGUAUGUCCAUCAGUCCACAGUCCCUGAAGUUAAUGUGCAAAUAUGAACACACAUCAUGGUGCUGAUUUCAGUGUACGAUUAGGGCAGAUCUGUUGAUUCAUUUAUGAAAGAUUGACUACUGUUACUUUACAGAAAACACCUCAAUGUUCCCUUUAAGCUAAACCAAUGUAUUUUGUGUGUCUGUGUUUGUUACAUUUAUUCAUGUCCUUUUCAUAAUGUCAAAAUGUUGUCAUCCCUUUAAAAAGGCAGCACACAAAAUUCAGAACUACUGAGUAAACUUAGGGAGUUUUUGUUUAUGUAAGAUAAUAUAUUGUUGUGUUUGAUUAUUCUAAUUAUUUUUAUAUGUAAAUGGUUCAGGGUAUGGACUUUAUGACUCACUGUCAUUUUCUGGUCUGUUAUGAAGGGGGUCGUUAUACCACAGGUUUUAAACAUUCUUAGGAAUAAUAAAGUUUUUUAAAUUCAAAAUUGUAUACAAUGGCUUUGAACUUAAAUGGUCAGGGGCCUAGAAAUGGACACACCACACAGUAUGGAGUAUAUUGUCAGGAUAUUUAUUGAAACUACUGUAUCCCCAGCUGAGUUACGGUAUGCAAACCUCAACAAGGCCUUGAAUCGGCCUUACAGUCCCUUUGUAUUUUAUUGAAGUCAUACAAAGUGCCAUUUGGGCUGCUGAUUUCAGUGGCGCUUCAGUUGCAGGCUAGCUUUCUGUGCCCACUGUUUUUUUUUUUAUAGGCAAACCUGGGAUGACCACCUGAUGUACCGUACUGUAACAUUACUGAUUAUUGUAAAGGAUGGAAU